GAUCAGCUGUUGCCUUUACUUUUCUGCCGCCAACGACCAAAGUUAAUGUUUUAAGUGAAUUUAUUAUCUAUAUUGCAUGAUUUAUAUUAGAAUUGCAUGUUUUUGUGUUAAGUCAUGGGAGUUACGGGUUUGUGGAAGCUAAUCGAGCCUUGCGGCAAGCCUGUGCCGGUGGAAACAUUGGAGGGUAAAAUAUUGGCAGUUGAUAUAUCCAUAUGGUUGCAUCAGGUAGUGAAGGGUUUCCAGGACAACAAGGGAUCGGCUCUCAGUAAUGCCCAUUUACUGGGCUUGUUCCACCGCCUCUGCAAGCUGCUGUAUUACCGGGUGCGACCCGUAUUUAUCUUCGACGGAUGCGUACCUCAACUAAAAAGGGAUACCAUAGCCCGACGCCAGCAGCAAAGAAAUAAGCUUAGCAAUGAGGCCGAUCGCAUUCAGGCCUUGCUCCUGCAAUCUCUGGCCAAAGAAAAGGUAGUCCAGCAGGCGCUGGGGAAGAAUGCGGAACUUCUGCUAAAGUCGCCACUAAAGCGACCGCCACCGACUAAGGCAAAAAACGACGAGGAUGACUUGUUCAAGCUGCCAGAGUUGCCAGCAGCAUUGGAGGCACCGGAAAGUGAUCAGGACUUGGCCGACACGAGUGCCAGCGGCACCGAUGAUAGCUCCUUCGACGAAUCCACUGCUCGACAUGCGUACAACUCCAGCUUGCAGGCUAUCGAUGUGAAGAGUUCGUACUUUAGAAACCUGCCCGCUGAUGUGCGGCACGAGAUUCUGACUGACAUCAAGGAAACACGCAAGCAGUCCUCCUGGGGCCGACUGCACGAGUUGCCUGCUCGCAGUGACGACUUCGCCACGUUCCAAAUGAAGCGCCUGUUGAAGCGUCGUGCUGUCCAGGAAAGUUUGGAGCAGGCCGAACAGGAGAUGGGCGGCGUCACUCUUACCUAUUCGGAGUUGAGUGACUUUUUCAGCGAGGAGGGCAUUGUCACACCGACGGCAAUUGAGCAGAAUACGCGACAAAUCAGCUCCGAUGAGCACACACGAUUUCUGCUGGUCAGGGAUCUCAAAAAGAAGGCUCUAGCUAACACCAAGCAAGAGGAGGUGAAAUUGGAGAAGAUCGAGGAGGUGCCGCCCAGCAGUGAUCAGGACGAGAAGCCAAGCACAUCGUCCAAAGUAGAGUCCCUUGACAAGGACGACUUAGGCACAGAGUACGAUGCGGAUUUAGCCAAAGCAUUGGCCCUGUCUAUGGAGGAAACUAAGGUGUACGAUGAGAAGGACUACGAAUACGAUGCGGAUCAGGAGCUUCGCCUUAAUCGGGCACAAAGUAAGCAACUUAAGAAUGCGGCCAAGGGACCAGCUCGUGCAUACAUGAUCGAGUAUGGCGGAAUGAACGACGAAGAAGUAGAAAAUAUAAUGGAGGCCACCCAACUGAAUGACACCCAGAGUUUGGAGAGAUUACUAGAGAUCACAACAGACCACGUUGGCACGGCCAAUGAUACGAUUGAAGAGGUCAAACUUAUCUCACAAGCUAUGGAAGAGAGUAGACAGAUUUCCGAAGCUAUUGAAGAGAGCAAACAGAUUUCAAAGGCUAUUGAGGAGAGCAAAGGUAGCUUAGCCGAGGAUACGGACUCCUCUGACUUGGAGGAAGUUGUGGAAGUGGGAAAACCCCUACAGAUUUCUGUGGACAUUACAAAGGACCUAAUGCCUGCAAACGAUCUCUUUGCGGAUAUAUUUGCACCAAAUGAUAAGGAAUUAGAAAAAACCGAAACCGAUGAUGAUGAUGACUUCAUAGAGGUAAAAGAAAGUGAGGAAAUGGAGCUGGAUUCAGUCGAUAACGUUAUAGAAGUCAAGGAAAGUGAGGAAAUGGAAUUGGAAUCUGAAGAAAAACCAAUAACAGAAGUAAAGAAACCAUCUGAAGAAGUUGUAGAAAUUAAAGACAGUCAAGAAAGUAUUCUAGAGGAAGAAAAACAGGAUAAACACACGCCAGUUAAGCCGAAACCCGAUUUGGACUCCAUUCUAAAUGAUCUAAAGAAGGAAACAGCUGCAGUGAAGAAUAUACAAUUGAAUUUAACUGAGGAGUCAGCGGAACCAAAACCAAAGAUUCCACUUAGCUCCAUUUUGGAGGACCUACAAAAGGAAAUCACUGAAGUUAAGAAUUUAAAGCUAGAGCAAGUUAAACUUAACGAUGCCCCCAUUGAAUUAUCCUCUGACGAGGAAAGGGUACCAAAAACCUCGAAUUUACCGAAUGGAGAUGUAAUCGAGUUGUGCGACAGCGAUGACAAUAAAAACAUUCGCAUUUCACCGAAUAAAACGCCCAGCAAGAACAAGUCUAUUACGGACUUCUUUGAUGUCAAUUAUGUAGUCAAGCGAACUCCUGGAAGUCGCCAAACUGAAGCCGCCACUCCUCCCGGAACCCCCAAGGUUCCGCAGCCCUUCUACAGAAAGCGAACACCCAAAUCUGGACGUAAGAGGGCAGCCAAUGGCGAGGAUGAUAGCGAUGAGGAAGUCUCACCCAUGAAGAGGACCAGCAAGGCAUCUAAAUCACUUUUUGAAUCUACGUCUCCAGAGAAUAACAAGGGAGCUGAGAAGGAGAAGUCUCCAGAGAAGGCCGUAGAUCAGGAACUCAUCAACGAUGCCGCUGAGGCCUUAAAGUCCCAAAAAACCGCUGCUGAGCUGCAGGAAAUGGCAACCAACUUGGCCCAGGAACGCAAGGAUCUGGAGAUCGAGCGGAAUCGACAGGAUCGCAUGGGUAUGUCAAUUAGUCAGCGUAUGAGUAUCGAUUGCCAGGAGUUGUUGCGUCUCUUUGGCAUUCCCUACAUCGUGGCCCCCAUGGAGGCUGAGGCUCAGUGUGCCUUCCUCAAUGCCACCGAUCUAACCCAUGGAACCAUAACGGACGACAGUGAUAUUUGGCUGUUUGGCGGUCGAACAGUCUACAAAAACUUCUUUGCCCAAAACAAACAUGUGCUGGAAUUCCGUUCGGAGCAGAUCGAGCAGACAUUCAACUGCAACAGGGGCAAGCUGAUCCAGUUAGCCUGCUUGGUUGGCAGCGACUACACCACCGGUAUUCAUGGAAUCGGUGCUGUAACAGCCCUUGAGAUUCUGGCCUCCUUCUCCGGACAGGAGGCAGCCCAGACUGCGGAAGGGGUGUCUAACCAAGCGGUCCUGCAGACGUUAAUUAAAUUCCGGGACUGGUGGCAGGCACACAAGAGCAGUAAUCUACCUCGAAGCUCAGCCCGCCUUUCUCUCCGUAAGAAGCUGAAAAAUAUUGAACUGCACGAGGGAUUUCCCAAUGGAGCAGUGGUUGAGGCCUAUCUUGCGCCCACGAUCGAUGACAAUCGUGACGCUUUCAGCUGGGGUUCUCCUGAUGUGGAAUCAAUAAGAGAGUUCACGCGCAAGUCUUUCGGCUGGACAACCUCGAAAACCGAUGACAUUCUCAAUCCGGUGAUGAAGAAGAUCAACGAGAAGAAAAUCCAGGGUUCCAUCCGAAACUAUUUUGCGGCCAAGAGCGCCUUGCGCGUACAGCAGCCGCAGGUUAGCAAGCGCGUCCAAUCCGCCAUUGAUAAGAUGUCCGGCAAGAUUGAUGUGGAGACACCGGAGAAGCCGAAAAAGGUGACACGCGCCAGGAAAACAAAGACUGCGCCGGCGGUCGAUGAUUCAGCAGCUGGCGAAGAAACUGCUCGACCCAAACGUGGCAAACGAAAGGCUGCCACAGCAACUGAAAUGGAAUCGGUGGACUCCGAACAACCUUCCACAUCACAUUCGGUUCCAAAGCCAGAAAAAUGUCCUCGGAUACCGAACACCCAGGAAGUAAUACCUCAGAGGGAACGGGAUCUGGAGGAGAUGCGUUUGAAAAAAGCAAAGGCUGCGGAGAUCCUUAAGAAUCAACAAAAUCGAAGAAAAGUUAAAAACUUUUAAAAUAAUAAGAAGAAAUAUAGAACCUGCAUGAAUAAUGCAUUACGAUUUGUCAUGUGAGUU